UUCUUUCUUACCCCAGAAAMCUUAAUAUGUCUUCUGUUGUGGUAUUAGUAAGACAAAACAUGGAAGCCAUUGCUGUUUUUAUAUUAUUAUGGAUGCUAGAGAUUCGUAAAACUAUUGCUGUAAGUGUAAGGAACAAUGAUGGACAAUCCACAGACGUUCAGUCGGUCAAGAGACAACUUCUUUACAACAACAUGCAAUAUAACAUGAUGAACAUGUAUUCUCCAUUCCGUCCUCGUCUCUCCUUUCCAGAACACGUCGAAGAAGAGUGCAAUAUCAAUAAGGCGUGUCCCUCUGACAAGUUUUGUGACGUGCACGUGUGUCGGUCGUGUCUUCAUGAAAAUACCCCGUGUCAUUAUAUAGGGACGUGUUGUAAACCAUUGGUUUGUCAGUAUGGCCAGUGUACUAAAGGCGUGAAGCAGGRAGAUCCCGGUACUUACUGCGAUAAAUCAUCUCAGUGUGAUAGCAAUAGCUGCUGUGUGAGAGAAGUGUCUAUUAAYCCUCGAACAUCAAUUUGCAAGCCAAUGCUCGAUGAGUACGAAUCUUGUGGACCAAUAAACUUAUUUCAUCAAGUUUACAACGGUGGGAAAGUAGAACCAGCAUGCGGACCAUGUARAACUGGAUUGCAAUGUAAAAAUGUUGGAAUCCAUGGAUUACAUUAUGUCUGCCUAAAGGAAGAUGAGGACUAGACAAUAUUUUCCUUUUUUAAUUCCUGUCAAUCAAAAUUCUUCAGUAUGAUAAUUUUUUAUAGUUUGUGUAAAUAAAAAAAAGUUGUUUUUAAACUAUGGUGUAUUCUUUAGUAUACGCCACGCCAUGCACCAAAUCGAUGUAUGACGACCAUUUUGGAUAACUAUAACUAAUUUAGGCRCUGCCUAAGAGCGGAGCUCCCCGAAUUGUUUUAGACACGACURAAAAUAAAACUAAAGGCGAAAAUAAAAUUGGGAAAAUCA